AUGUUCAGCUCAUGUGGACGACGUGUUACGAGGGAGUCUGAGAAGGCGGCACUCGUCAACCCGGAGCUGCAGCAGCGACUGCGAGACCUCGACCAUGAGUUGGAGGAAGGCGAUAUUACCCGCAAGGGCUACGAGAAGAGGCGAACCCAGAUUCUGUCACAAUUCCUGACUCCCGAGCAAUUGCAGGCAGCGCGCAUUCCGAGAGCAGAUCGCGCGGAAAGCAUGUAUUCAGUGGAAAGCAGCAGCGCGCAACAGCAUGCGAGAGGCGCGAGUUAUGGCAGUAUACAGCCAAGCAUAUACGCUCAGGACUACAGCACGUACGACGGCCAGAAUGGAUAUGGUCAGUACGCGGCGAAUCCGCAGAUGCAGCAGCCGCGACCCGUCACCCCAGGAUCGAUGUCAGGUCCGGUCCAGAGGUUUCAGGAACAGCAGUUGGGCAUGAGACCGCCGCCAGCUGCAGCGGGGCAACGACAACCAUCCAUAGGCGGGCUGCGGCCAGCAACGCCAGGAAGUCGCCCUGGCACGCCUGGGAGUAGGUACAGCUCGAAUGGCGGGACAAUGGUCAAUUCUGAUUAUGCCUUCAAUCCGGAUGCCAGCAACAGUCGCAUGAGCACCAUGCUAGACUCUCAACACGGAUAUUUCUCGGACUUUGCAGGUACACAGGGAGAAGGGCAGACACCCACGAGAGAGAGUUAUGGAGGGCCGCAGCGAUACAGCAUGGGCGAAGCCUUCUCGCCGACUGCAUUAAUUCCACCUCCGCUCAUGCGCGACGACAUGGCUCCUGCACAAGUUCACCAAUUACCACUCGAACCUCGAGAUGUACCAUUCGCCGUAUACGAUCCGCACAAUGCGAAUGUGCCCAUGUCCAAGUUUGACAACAUCGGUGCGGUGCUCAGACAUCGCGGGAAAAUGCAAGCUCGACAGCCAGCAUAUUGGGUGCUCGAUCCGAAAGGCAAAGAGACGGCUUCUAUCGCAUGGGACAAGCUUGCUUCUAGAGCGGAGAAAGUGGCGCAGGUCAUAAGAGACAAGUCCAAUCUCUACCGGGGCGAUCGAGUGGCACUCGUUUAUCGAGACACAGAAGUCAUCGAAUUUGCGAUUGCGCUGCUAGGGUGCUUCAUUGCAGGAGUUGUUGCAGUACCGAUCAAUAAUGUGAAUGACUACCAAAAGCUGUCUCUCCUGCUCACCACCACGCAAGCUCAUCUUGCGCUCACGACGGACAGCAACUUGAAAACCUUUGCGAGGGACAUCAGUGCUCAGAGAUUGAAAUGGCCAACAGGAGUAGAGUGGUGGAAGACGAACGAGUUUGGUUCGUAUCAUCCCAAGAAGAAGGAUGAAAAUGCUCCGCUGCAGGUACCGGACUUGGCGUACAUAGAGUUCUCACGGGCUCCUACUGGUGAUCUGCGUGGCGUCGUGCUGUCUCACAGGACCAUCAUGCAUCAAAUGGCGAGUCUAUCGGCGAUACUGUCAACGAUACCAACGGCCGAGAAUCAAGACACUUUCUCGUCGACUUUACGAGCAGAAGAUGGCUCUUUCGUGGUGCCUCGUCGUGGCAGACACGAGACCAUAAUGUCCUACCUUGAUCCUCGAGAAAGCUGUGGCUUGAUUCUAGGCGUCCUACUCGGCGUAUAUGGCGGCCACACAACAGUCUGGUUCGAGAGCAAGACCGUCGACACACCCGGCAUGUACGCACAUCUCAUCUCGAAAUAUCGAGCCACUGUUAUGGUAGCAGACUAUCCGGGAUUGAAGCGUGCAGCGUACAAUUAUCAACAGGAUCCGAUGGCAACAAGAAAUUUCAAGAAGAAUAUGGAGCCGAAUUUCUCAUCAGUAAAGAUCUGCUUGAUAGACUGCUUGACCGUUGACACCGAAUUCCAUGAAAUCUUGGCAGAUCGAUGGCUAAAGCCGAUGCGAAAUCAAAGAGCUCGCGAGCUGGUUGCACCUAUGCUGGCGUUGCCCGAACACGGCGGCAUGAUCAUAUCUGUACGAGACUGGCUAGGUGGUGAAGAAAGAAUGGGUUGUCCGCUCACGAUAAACUCGGACGGCGACGAUAGCGACGACGACGAACCGAGUAGCCCGUCAACGGAGAACAAUUACACUUCGUUGCUCAAUUCUAGCACAACUGGCAGCAAGAAGAAGCAGAAGACGAGUCGUACCGAGCUCAGCGAAGUCUUGCUUGACAAGGAGUCCCUCAAGACCAACGAAGUCGUUCUACUAGCGAGAGGCGAAGAGGCGCGCAGACGAGUCAACGAGCCUGGAACAGUGCGAUGUGGCGCGUUUGGCUACCCCAUACCAGAUGCGACACUUGCAAUAGUCGAUCCUGAGACGAAUCUGCUCUGUCCGCCUUACACCAUUGGUGAAAUAUGGGUGGACUCGCCAUCGCUUUCAGGAGGCUUUUGGGCACUGCCCAAGCAUACCGAAACCAUCUUUCACGCCCGACCAUAUCGAUUUGUGGAAGGAAGUCCAACACCAGUCUUGGUGGAACCCGAAUUCCUGAGAACAGGCUUGCUUGGCUUCGUCGUGCAAGGCAAGAUAUUUGUGCUAGGCCUCUAUGAAGACCGCAUAAGGCAGAGGGUAGAGUGGAACGAAGGUGGAAUGCAAGAAGUGGAGCACCGAUACUUCUUCGUGCAACAUCUCGUGGCCAGCGUUAUGAAGACAGUGCCGAAGAUCUACGACAGCUCGGCUUUUGAUGCUCAUGUCAAUGGCGAGUACCUCCCUAUCAUCCUCAUCGAAACGCAAGCUGCUAGCACAGCGCCCACAACGACUGGCGGUCCACCUAGACAGCUCGACAUUCCAUUCCUCGAUUCGCUGAGCGAGCGAGUAAUGGAAGUCUUGUACCAGGAGCACCAUCUGCGUGUCUACUGUGUCAUGAUGACUGCGCCAAACACACUACCACGUGUCAUGAAGAAUGGUCGGAGGGAUAUCGGCAACAUGCUCUGCAGGAAGGAGUUCGACAAUGGCAACCUGCCGUGUGUGCACGUCAAAUUUGGCGUUGAGCGCGCAGUCCAGAAUCUGCCGCUUGGCGACGACCCUGCUGGUGGAAUUUGGUCACCUUUGUCCAGUCAGAUCAGACAGGAUAUGCUCGCGAUGCAUUCGGACAAGCAGUACUCGGGCGUCGAUCACCGAGAAGUGGUGAUCGACGACCGCACGAGCACGCCUCUCAACCAGUUCAGCAACAUUCACGACUUGAUGCAGUGGCGGGUCUCGCGACAAGCCGAAGAACUAUCAUACUGCACCGUCGACUCUCGAGGCCGAGAGGGCAAGGGCGUCAACUGGAAGAAGUUCGACCUCAAGGUUGCUGCAGUGGCUCAUUAUUUGAAGAAUAAAGUCAAGGUUCAGCCAGGCGACCACUUAAUACUGAUGUACACGCACUCCGAGGACUUUGUGUACGCGGUGCAUGCAUGUCUGUGCCUCGGUGCUGUCGCUAUGCCGAUGGCGCCCAUCGAUGCUAAUCGCCUCAGUGAAGAUGCACCUGCGCUGCUACACAUGAUUGCCGACUUCAGAAUCAAGGCGGUCUUGGUGAACGCAGAAGUCGACUCACUAAUCAAGCAGAAGACAGUCAGCCAGCAUCUGAAGCAGUCAGCUCUCAUUCUGAAGGUAACGCUGCCACCAACGUACAACACCAGCAAGCCGUCGAAGCAGUCGCACGGGUGUAGGGAGCUUGGCUUCACAAUUCGACCGGCUUGGAUUGCCCCCGGUUAUCCUGCUAUCAUUUGGACGUACUGGACACCAGAUCAGCGUCGUAUCGCCGUCCAGCUAGGACAUGACACGGUCAUGGCACUUUGCAAAGUGCAAAAGGAGACUUGCCAAAUGACGUCCACCAGACCUGUUCUUGGCUGUGUCCGAAGCACAAUGGGCAUUGGCUUCCUCUACACUUGUAUGAUGGGGAUCUUCCUCGCGACCCCAACAUAUCUGGUGUCACCGGUAGACUUUGCAGCCAAUCCUAACAUCUUGAUGUCGACACUAGCGAGGUACAAGAUCAAAGACACAUACGCCACAGCACAAAUGCUUGAGCAUGCCAUGGGACACAACGCAGGCAAAGGCGUGCAACUUCUCGAGCUCAAGAACUUGAUGAUCUCAACUGAUCAGCGACCCAAGACUGAUGUCUACAGCCGUGUCAAGCAAGCAUUUGCGGCAUCACAGCUCGACCGGACUGCCAUCAACACAAUCUACAGCCAUGUGCUCAACCCCAUGAUCGCAAGUAGGAGCUACAUGUGCAUAGAACCCAUUGAGCUGUACUUGGAGCCAACGUCAUUACGAAGAGGCCUGAUUGUGCCAGUGGAUCCGGACCAGGAGCCGUUUGCACUGCUUGUACAAGACUCUGGAAUGGUGCCGGUAAGCACUCAGAUUAGCAUUGUCAAUCCAGAGACCAACAGACUGUGCCUGGUUGGUGAGUACGGCGAGAUCUGGGUGCAAUCUGAAGCCAACGCGCACUCUUUCUAUGGCUCGAAGGAUGCAUUCGAUGCCGAGCGCUUCAACGGACGAACAGUCGACGGCGAUCCCGGUGUGCGAUAUGUCAGGACUGGAGACCUUGGCUUCCUUCAUUCUGUCAGCAGACCUAUCGGGCCUGGUGGCAAUAUGGUGGAGAUGCAAGUGCUCUUUGUGCUCGGAAGCAUUGGCGAGACCUUUGAGGUAAACGGCAUGCAGCACUUCCCAAUGGAUGUCGAGAACAGCGUAGAGAAGUGCCAUCGGACGAUCGUCAGAGGUGGAUGUGCCAUCUUCCAGGCAGGCUCUUUACUGGUCCUCAUCGCCGAAGUGCGCACCCGCUCCUUCCUUGCCUCAUUGGUUCCGAUAAUCGUAAACACCGUCCUGAACGAGCAUCAACUUAUUCUUGACAUUGUUGCAUUUGUCGACUUUGGCAACUUCCCACGCUCGCGUCUGGGCGAAAAGCAGCGAGGCAAAAUCCUCGCCAGCUGGGUCAGCCGAAAGAUGCGCACCUUGGCACAAUUCAGCAUUCGUGAUCCAGAUGCUGAAGGCAGCAUCGACUAUUCGCCCGUAGACCAGGGCCACGACGACGAGUACUCACAUCCUCGGGCACAGUGGAACACAUACGAAUCUGGAUCUGGGCAGUAUCACCCUACACAUGGAUAUCCAGAUUACCCUAGCAGUGGAGUUGGACAAAUGGACUAUUCUCCCGAGGAGUCACCUGUCGAGGUGCCAGCGCCGCUCGGAACGCUCAAGGUUGCCAAUAGGACUAGCAACGAUAGCGAUGAUGACGACUGGGGUGGGCAAGCGCUCAAGGAGCUCAAUUUGGGGCCCAGAUGAUCAAGAACACAAAUUCACAUUCAUUGCUUCUGGGGCAAGCUCAUGAGCAGUCGCUUUGCUAUGUUUGGAUACGAUCGAGAUUUAGCGCGCAACAUGGAAAGAGCGGCGUUCAUUGAUAAUUUUUCUCGGUUCAAAUAAUGUACAGGAAAAGAGGAGCAUGUAUAGGGAAUGCUGGUGCGCAUGACUUUUCAAUCAUUGGGCGGCGGGUGGGAAUGGAAGGGGAUGGGAUGAUCAGUCUUAGCGAGAGUAUUGGUGUGUAUCAAUCUCUUGGUAAAGGCCGAAACGAUACGAGUUGCACGAACGAACGGAAGAAAGGCUGGAUGACACUGGCGCUUAUUAGCCAAGUAUUGAAACAUUCUCGCGACUACCUGACGAAGGCCAACACGGAAUGCGGCACGCUCGCCGAUGUCUUAGACAAGACCAUUCUCGAUGUCGGCGCUUAUUCAAUAUAAUACAAUUUCGAACGGUCACGAAUGAGCGUUCAUUGCGCCG